AGAGCCCCACCCCGCUCCGCAAGCGCAGCGUCACGUGACCGCUGGCCCCGGCCCCCAGGGCCUGGUUGCUUGUUCCGCGCUCCGGCGGCUGUUCUCGCUCCGCGCGGGCGAGCGGCAGAGGUGGAGAUGGCAGCCGCCUUGCAUCGCGUCGAACGGCUGUCCAGUCGGGUGAUUCGCGUCCUGGGCUGUAACCCGGGCCCCAUGACCUUGCAGGGCACCAACACCUACCUGGUGGGGACCGGCCCCAGGAGAAUCCUCAUUGACACUGGAGAACCAGCAAUUCCAGAAUAUAUCAUCUGUUUAAAGCAGGCUCUGACAGAAUUUAACACAGCAAUCCAGGAAAUCAUAGUGACCCAUUGGCACCGUGAUCAUACCGGAGGCAUAGGAGAUAUUUGUAAAAACAUCAAUAAUGGCCUUGAGACUAUAAUUGGGACACCAAGAUAUUCUCAGGCACAGCCCCCAAUAUCACCAGGCGGCCCAUUAGUUAUAUACACACCUGGCCACACUGAUGAUCAUAUGGCCCUACUUUUAGAAGAGGAAAAUGCUCUCUUUUCUGGAGAUUGCAUCCUAGGGGAAGGAACAACCAUAUUUGAAGACCUCUAUGAUUAUAUGAGCUCCCUAAAAGAGUUAUUAAAAAUCAAAGCUAAAGUUAUAUAUCCAGGACAUGGCCCAGUAAUCCAUAAUGCCGAAGCUAAAAUUCUACAAUACAUUUCUCACAGAAAUAUCCGAGAACAGCAAAUUCUUACAUUAUUUCAUGAGAACUUGGAAAAGUCAUUCACAGCAAUGGAUCUUGUAAAAGUUAUUUACAAGGAUACUCCUGAGCAUUUACAUAAAAUGGCCGAACAUAACACCUUGCUUCAUUUGAAAAAAUUAGAAAAGGAAGGAAAAAUAUUUAGCAACAUGGAUCCUGAGAAGAAAUGGAAAGCUCAUCUUUAGUUUCAGCUUAAAGAAAGAUGUUGUUGUUUUGUUUUUCGAGAAUGGUAUGUUUUGUUAACUAUUAAUUAUUUACAGAGAAUAUAGCAUGUGGAACAUUGAAAAUAAUCUUAGAUAUACUUUAAAAUAACAUCAUACUUAUUCUAAAGUAUGUAAAUUACAUUUUACACCUAUAAUAUUAGCUAUUUGUCUCACCUAGGUGUUAUAACAUUUUACCAAAAAUUCCAAAUCCAACAGUUUAUCCAUUUUCAAUACAUAAAAUAAGUUUCUUAUAAUAAAAUUUAUGUCAUUUAAACUGGAUAUUAUUCUUAGAGGUUAUUUACCUAUUACCAGUGGUCAGUAAUACUGUUUUUUCUAGCUGCUUCAAUUAACAGCACAUUUCAGUGUAAUCCUUCCUUUUCUGCAACCUUUGUCUAUAUCUGUAGAUUACAGGCUUGUUUUCAUGUUUCUAUCAAUUAUAUCAUGAUUAUAUAUCAGUUCUAUA